UGCCCUCAUGCACAAUCGGACAAGUUCACGAAGGUGUUUACUUCCACCUUCAAAAUUCUAACGGAAAGAGAUAAAAAUACGAAUAAUUGGACCUUAUUCUCAGCUGUUUGAUAUCGAAAAAUUGAAAAUCUACAUAUUAUAUUAUUAUAUCUGCUUAUAUAUAUAUCGCUUGUUCGCCGCCGGUGGCCGCCGCCGGCAUCCUCGGACCGGCUUUUUUUUUCGACACGAGCCAGUAACGUGUCAACAAUGAUUGAAACGCUUGUCAAGUCGUCGUUCCCCUAAUAUAAAAUCGCGUUGUUGAAACUACGAUUCCUUUCGAAAAUUGAAAACAAAAAUUCAAAUUCCCCUUUCGUUUUUUACUCAACCACAAACGCGCGCUUACGAAAUGCUUGGAGUAAAAAAAAACAAACGUAAAGACGCGAAUAAUGAACGAGAAAAAAUCGAGGACACGACACAAAGUGAUGAGGGAAAAAACAAUCGAGUCAACGAUGAUGAACCAGUCAAACAACCAAAAUACGGGCCUAUCUUGACAUUUCCAUAUCAAAAAGUUUGGUCCCGAAGCGUUCUCAUACUCUGUGUCCUCGCUGUGGUCUGGUACAACAGCAAGCGUGGCAAAGAAAUUUUUUUGGCAAAGCAAAAAGAAGUUCUGGUCGAUAGAGCGCAACGUGUCGAAUGCGCCCCCGAAUAUAAAACCGAACUGGAUAAAUUUCCUGGCUGUGUUCCGGAGCGAUGCGGACGCGUUGUCAAUGACAAAUUAGUCUCAUCUACGGAGACCGACGUUUUGCUCAAAAUUGCAGCAGCCGGCAUGAACCUGGGCGGCUCGGACGGAGGGGCAAGCAUUUUGGAUCUCCAUAGCGGAGCUCUUAGCAAAGGCACCGGCUUUAUCAAUAUUUAUAAUCAUCCACGGGCAAACAAAAUAUUCAGUAACGCAGAUUUUGCUAUUUACAAAGUUGUAAAAACAAAAAUACACCAUGCCGUCGCUCAUCAUUUUGGAGUCGAUGCGAAUAAUAUUUAUCUAACGAAACCAACAUUUUUCUCAAGGAUGACGAACGCUCCUGCAAAAACGGUUCACGACGAAUAUUGGUUGCCGCACGUUGAUAAGGUGACUUAUCAACAUUUCCAUUACACCUCGUUAUUGUAUUUAAAUGAUCACGGUAGAGAUUUCGAGGGUGGUCGUUUAAUUUUUAUAGACGACAAUAACGUAACGACAUCGAUUGAACCACGCAAAGGUCGAGUUACAAUGUUCACGUCCGGUGCAGAAAAUCUUCACGCGGUCGAGCGUGUCACCUCCGGGACGCGUUACGCAUUAACAGUUUCCUUCACCUGCGAUCCGAUCGCCGCGAUAUCGGACCCCAAAUUGGAUACAUCGAAAUCCUAAUUUUUUCAAAACUCAAUCCUAUACAGACAUAUGAAUAUUCUAGAACGAAACAGUAUUUUACUUCCUUUUACCGUAAUAUCGUUGAUGGUCUUUGAUCCUUAAUUAUCACACACACAAAUCAUCCCACCUGGGUAAUGUUGUCACAUGGGGUAAAUUUAACUCUGUGUGACCAAUGGUUAAGAAUCAUUUUUUUCCCUUCAAACUCCAAACAAGACCGCUAAAACUUUUCAUUUUUUCUUAGAAACUUUGUAUUCUUGAUCAAAGUGAUAUGGACUGUUUUUUUCUUCGCAUUCUUAAGUAUAUCGGUAUAUAACAAAAUAUACAUACGACGAAAGUAUAAUAAUAAGAAUAUCGAUUACGUUUUAACAUUUUUAUUCGCAUUCAAGCCGUUGUGUUUUCGAACAAUUGAGAAAUACGUUGAGCGUCCAGAAGAAAUAGCAAGUAUUGCCAAUAUAAAGAAUUAUAUCCAAGAGAGAAGCAUAUACUUGUUGUUGGUGAAUAAAAAAAUCAAUUAGUAAACAAUA